CUUUCGGCUCAAAAGAAGGACAGACACGUCAACUUGCUGUACAUGCAAGAUUCGCAAGACGUCGGACAUUUUGCGUGGAUCAAGAAUUUAUCCCGCCUCGUGAGCUCGCAACUGAGCAAAAAAGAUCAUAGGAAAUAUAUCUGCGAUCGAUGUUUACACUAUUUUGGAUCGGACGACAAGUUGCAAUCGCACACUGUAGACUGCCGAGAAAUGAACGAGUGCGCCAUCCGAUUACCGGGCGAUAAGGACAAAUGGCUCAGCUUCAACAACUACAACAGAAAGGAGCGGCUUCCAUUCGUCGUAUACGCCGACUUGGAGUGCGUGCUGAAAAAGACCGACGGUGAUCCGAUGACGUCUACGUACACGUUUCAACAUCAUCAAGUAUUUAGCGUAGCUUAUUAUGUACAUUGUUCGUACGACGAAUCGUUAUCCGCGUAUCAUUCUCGCCGCAGUACGGACUGCGUUUCGUGGUUCGUGGAAAAAUUAAAAAAUUUAGCGCAACGCGUAAAGACUAUUUUAACCACGAAUAUCCCCGUG